CGGUUUAAAAAAAAUAGUUUGGAGACUUUGAUACAUUUUCUUUAUUUGGGAGGAUUUUAUUUCGAUUGAAAAUUCGGAUUAAAAAAAUCGAUUGAUUGAUUUCAAGUGCCAAGAAAUAAUUCUCGCAUAUACCUUUCCAUUUAAAAAGCAACGACGUUUCAGUGAUUCAACUUUAUUUAACACAUUGGAAUAAAAUACGUGUGAGUGAAAAAUGAGUGGGAAAUUUCAUUUUGCUAUCGACAGAGGUGGCACUUUCACGGAUGUGUUGUGCAUUUGCCCAAAUGGAAAAGUUCGUACGAUGAAAUUACUUUCUGUAGAUCCAGCGUACACUGAUGCGCCACGUGAAGGCAUUCGACGAAUCUUAGCAGAGGAAACGAAUGAUUCACAAACAGUUGAUGGUUUAGUUGAAACCAAACACAUUGGAUGGAUAAGAAUGGGCACAACUGUUGCUACGAAUGCAUUGCUCGAACGAAAAGGUGAAGCCGUUGCAUUGGUGGUAAAUAAAGGAUUUCGAGAUUUGCUUUACAUUGGAAAUCAGGCAAGGCCGAAAAUUUUCGACCUAAACAUUCGCAAACCAUCGAAUUUAUAUAAGAUAGUAGUUGAAAUUGAUUGCCGCAUCGUUCCAGCACAUCUUAACAUUUGUGAAUUAAAUCAAAAUUGGAAGAGUUUACAAGGUGUUGCCAAUUCGGAAUACCUUGAAAAAGUCGGAAUCGAUGAACAAGCUGUACGUGGUGCAUUAAAAGAGGUUUUGAACAGCGGUAUAACCUCGUUAGCCAUAGUUUUGGCGCAUUCAUUUGCAUUUCCUGAACAUGAGAUUCGUGUGGGUGCCAUUGCAGAGGAACUUGGAUUUAGUCAUAUAACAUUAUCGCAUCAGGCAAUGGCAAUGAUUCGUUUGGUUAACCGAGGCUACACAGCUUGUGCCGAAGCCUAUCUUACACCGCAUGUCGAACGUUAUUUAGAAAGUUUUACAGCUGGAUUUAAGGAUAAAUUAAAUGGAGUUGAUGUUCUGUUUAUGCAAAGUGAUGGUGGUUUAACGAAUAUGGAAAGUUUUCGUGGUGCACGAGCAAUUUUGAGUGGACCGGCAGGCGGUGUUGUUGGGUACGGAAUAACUGGGUCAAGAGAGACCGAACAGCCUUUAAUUGGUUUCGAUAUGGGUGGAACGUCAACGGAUGUGUCUCGUUUUUCCGAUGGAAAAUACGAACAUGUCGUGGAAAGUACAACUGCAGGCGUUACAAUUCAAGCACCACAAUUGGAUAUUAAUACGGUUGCAGCGGGCGGGGGUUCGAUGCUUUUUUUCAGAUCUGGAUUAUUUUACGUUGGCCCAGAAUCGGCUUCGGCUCAUCCUGGACCUGCAUGCUAUCGAAAAAAUGGGCCUCUGACAGUGACAGAUGCCAAUUUAAUAUUGGGUCGUUUAUUGCCUGAAUAUUUUCCAAAAAUUUUCGGCCCGAAUGAGAAUGAACCACUUGACCAUUUGGUGACUCGGAAAAAAUUCGAGGAUCUACAAAAAGAAAUUAAUUUAUUCUUAUUGCAAAAUGGACAAAGAAAAACACCACUUUCGGUCGAAGAAAUUGCGAUGGGUUUUAUUCGCGUUGCAAAUGAAGCAAUGUGUCGUCCGAUUCGUGCUUUAACACAAUCACGUGGUUAUGAUACUUCAAAGCAUGUUUUAGCUUGUUUUGGAGGAGCGGGAGGACAACACGCUUGUAGCAUUGCACGUGAUCUUGGAAUGUCGAAAAUUGUGAUUCAUAAAUAUGCGGGAAUAUUGUCUGCGUAUGGUAUGGCAUUGGCCUGUGUGGUAUUCGAAGCACAAGAACCAUGUGGUUUGGAAUAUAGUUUAAACAAUGUGGAUGUCAUUCGAACUCGAUUACAUGUGCUUACAAUGCAAAGUCGUACAAAUUUACGAAAUCAAGGAUUCGAUGAUGAUCACAUUGUAAUUGAACCAUUUUUACAUUUAAGAUAUGAUGCAACCGAUACAGCAAUAAUGUGCAGUCCUUCAUUUGACGCAACAAAUAUGGCUGAUUUGAGCGUGAAUAUUCCAGAUUUUGGUGAUUUUUACGGUUCAUUUUUGAAGCGAUAUCAAACGGAAUUUGGUUUUGUGAUUCGUGGCCGACGAGUGAUUGUUGAUGAUAUUCGUGUGAGAGGGUCAGGCAAAUCGAAUACACCACACGAAGAAAAUAUUGCACCAAAGGAUGGACCACCAAAAGUUGUAGACCGUGUUAAAACUUAUUUCGAUGGUUUUGGUUUAAUCGAUGUUGAUGUUGUAUUAUCGAAUGAUUUGUUGGCUGGUCAUAUAUUGAAUGGCCCAUUGAUUUUGAUUGAUAAGCUCUCCACUAUUUUAAUCGAACCGAAUUGUUGUGCAGAGAUUACAGAGAAGGGCGAUCUUAUAAUUAAUGUGGAAUUGGAGAGCAAGUUGCUUAAAUCUAUUGAUAUAUCUUUUGAUGCAAUUCAAUUGAGCAUUUUUUCUCAUCGGUUUAUGAGUAUCGCAGAGCAAAUGGGAAGAAUAUUGCAAAGAACAUCCAUUUCAACAAAUAUCAAAGAACGACUUGAUUUUUCAUGUGCACUCUUUGGCCCAGAUGGUGGUCUCGUUUCAAAUGCCCCUCACAUUCCCGUUCAUUUGGGUGCAAUGCAAGAAACAGUUCAAUAUCAAUUGAAAGUUAGGGGUGGUACACUUAAAGCAGGCGAUGUGUUGCUAGCCAAUCAUCCCCUUGCGGGCGGGUCACAUUUGCCGGAUAUGACUGUUAUUACACCAGUUUUCUACAAAAACGAAGCGCAUCCAGUGUUCUUUGUUGCAUCACGAGGUCACCAUGCUGAUAUUGGAGGAAUUUCGCCCGGCUCGAUGCCACCACAUUCAAAAUCGCUGAACGAAGAAGGAGCUGCAUUUAAAUCUUUUUUGCUUGUUGAAAACGAGCAAUUCAAGGAAGAUGAAAUAAGCAAGGCGUUAACAACACCAACUGAUGCAAAAGGUGCAACGGGUACUAGAAAUCUUGCCGAUAAUUUAUCAGAUUUAAAAGCACAAGUAGCCGCCAAUCAAAAAGGAAUUCAAUUGGUAAAAAAAUUAAUAGAUUCAUAUGGAUUACGAAUUGUACAAGCUUACAUGAAUUAUAUUCAACAAAAUGCGGAGGUUUCUGUUCGUGAAAUGCUAAAGGAAAUUGCACGCAAAACACGUGAACGCACUGGUAAAACAGUUUUAUACGCAGAAGAGCAUAUGGACGACGGUUCACCCAUCAAAUUGAAAGUAACAAUUGACGAAGCGACUGGUUCUGCGAUUUGUGAUUUUACCGGAACUGGUCAUCAAGUAUAUGGAAAUUGUAAUGCACCAAGAGCGAUAACACUUUCAGCGUUGAUUUAUUGCCUACGUUGUAUGGUUGGACACGAUGUUCCUCUAAACCAGGGAUGUUUAAAUCCGAUUAAAGUAAUUAUUCCAAAAGGAUCUAUCCUCGAUCCAAAUGAUGAAGCAGCAGUGGUAGGUGGAAAUGUAUUAACGUCACAACGAAUUGUGGAUGUUGUUUUUUUGGCAUUUCAAGCAUGUUCCGCAUCGCAGGGAUGCAUGAACAAUAUAACACUUGGCGACCAACAUUUUGGCUAUUAUGAAACGGUAGCGGGUGGAAGUGGAGCAGGUCCAAAUUGGCAUGGAGCAAGUGGCGUUCAUACGCACAUGACUAAUACGAGAAUUACAGAUCCGGAAAUUCUCGAAAAUCGCUAUCCAAUAAUUUUGAAUAAGUUUUGUCUUCGAAACGAUGAGUCAGGCGGCAAAGGUAAAUUUAACGGUGGCGAAGGAAUUGAACGUGAACUUCUGUUUAGAAAGUCAUUGACACUGUCAGUGUUAACAGAAAGACGAGUUUUGAGACCAUAUGGAAUGAAUGGAGGCAAUGCAGGAAAAUGUGGCGAAAAUUUAUUACAAAAAUCAAAUGGACAAAUCAUUUAUUUAGGAAGUAAAUGCGCUAUAAAUAUCGAAGCAGGAGAUACAUUUGUUUUAAAAACACCAGGUGGUGGUGGCUACGGAGAAGCAAAUGCACAUGGACCAAAUCAAAAUGAAACAGAUACAAUUAACGAAAUACAAACGAAAGAGUUUUUAGAACGUGGCAGUGUAUUUGAAUAUCGUCAAGCUCAAGAAUCAGUUUAAUUCUUUUUCUUUUUUUUUGAAAAAUGUUGAAUCAAAUGUCGGAUUCAUCAAAUCAGAGAUAGAAAAUUGUACCCAAAAAAAAAACUAAAAUUGAUUGGCUCAAAUGUUUAUGAAUAAAAUGAUGUAACUUGUACUGUUUACACAAAUUGCAGCAAAAACAUUGAAAAUAAAUGUCUAAUUGCAUGGAACUUUCUAAUUAUGUAUCAA